AUGGGCGGGCGGUACGAUCAAGUGCAGUGUACGAGCGAGCUUGCCUCCUCUUUCCUCGGUCGAUCUCCUGCUGCUGCAAACAUCCCAUCCAAUCCAUCCACCAAUCUCAUUCCCAUCGCACGUCUCCUCCCCUCCCCUCCCCUCCCCAGAAAGAUAUGGCCCUCGGCUCCUCUUUGCGCAAAGAUUGAUUAACGGAGCGCCUGGCCCGGCCGGCCGCGCGCGCGGGAGCGGAGCUCCAGUAUAAAGAUGGCGCACGAUCCCAGCCUAGUAGGGUACGCGGACUACUUCGCGGCGACCGGGAGCAACGGGGGCGGCGUCACGCUCGUGCCGGAGGUGGACGCCCGCGCGGAGCAUCAGAUGUAUGGCGGCGGCGGAUUGCACCAUCAUCACCACUCCGGGGCGGACAUGUUCGGGGCCAGGGCCUUCGGCAUGGCGCCGGCCGGCGAGGCGACGUCCGCGCAGAGCAAGGCCGCGCUCGACGUCGACGUCGACGGCUCGACUACCAUCAGCUUCUUCCGCGGCGAGCAGCAUCACCACCACCAGCAGCAGCUGCAGAUGGGCCAGGCUCCCUUGUCGCUGUCGCUCCACGGGCCGCCGGACGCCGGGUCUUCGUCGUUCAUGCUGCACCACCACCUCGGCGGCGGCGAGCCCCGGCUGCAGCAGCACCAGCAGACGGCGCCGGGGGCAUGGCAGGUGCAAGGCGCCGGCAGCGGCUGGCAGCUGCGCGGGUCCAGGUUCCUGCUGCCGACGCAGCAGCUCCUGCAGGAGUUCUGCAGCAUCCCCGCGGACACCGACAGCAAGGCGCCCAAGAAGCCGGCGCAAGAAGAGCACGGCUCGUCGUCCUCCGCCUCCUGGCCGCCGUCGUCGACGCAGAUCCAGAGCAUGGACGCCGCCGAGCUGCAGAAGCUCAAGGCCAAGCUGUACACCAUGAUCGAAGAGGUGGACCGGAGGUACAGGAGGUACCGGGAGCAGAUGCGGGCGGUGGCGGCGUCCUUCGAGGCGGUGGCGGGGCAGCGCGCGGCGGCGGUGUACACGAGGAUGGCGUCGCGGACCAUCUCCAAGCACUUCCGGAGCGUGAGGGACGGGGUGGCCGCGCAGGUCCGGGCGGUGCGCGGGGCGCUGGGGGAGAAGGACGCCGGGGCCGCCGUGCCCGGGAUGACCAGGGGGGAGACGCCCCGGCUGCGGGCGCUGGACCAGUGCCUCAGGCAGCACAAGGCGUACCAGUCCGGCAUGCUCGAGAGCCACCCGUGGCGGCCGCAGCGCGGCCUGCCGGAGCGCGCCGUCUCCGUCCUCCGGGCCUGGCUCUUCGAGCACUUCCUGCACCCGUACCCAAGCGAUGUGGAUAAGCACAUCCUGGCGCGGCAGACGGGCCUAUCGCGGAGCCAAGUCUCGAACUGGUUCAUCAACGCGAGGGUGCGGCUGUGGAAGCCGAUGGUGGAGGAGAUGUACGCGGAGGAGAUGAAGGACAAGGAGGAGGGCAGCGGCGGCGACGGUGGCGGCCAGUCGGCGCAGCAGGCCGGCGACCUGGCGAACCCUAACCCGGUGGCGGGGAGCUACGCCUCCGAGGGGCGCGGCGAGCAGAAGCCCACACGGGCGCAGCUGCACCAGCUGCACGACGCCGGCUCGCUGGCCUCCGUCGUGAGCAUCGGCCAGAGCACCGACCCGCAGGGCCUCAACUUCGGCAUGAUGGACCAGCUCGACUUCGAAGCCUACGAGGCGGCCACGGCCGGGUUUGGCAACGGCGUGUCGCUCACGCUGGGACUUCAGCACCAGCAGCAGCAGCAGCAGCACCAGCACCACGGUGGCGUGAACGUCGCCGCGUUCGCCGCCGCAUCCCCGUCUUCGUCGUCCGCGGCGCAUGGCGGCGCCGCCGAGUUCCUGUUCAUGGCUGGCGAGGGCGUGCACCCGUCUGCUAACGGACAGUUCGGGGCGGGCAUGGGAUCAGGCGCCGACGUCGCGUCGCAGUACCACCGGGGGUUGGGCGGGUUCCACCUCCUGCGCGAUCUCGCCGGGUGACCUGUACGUCGGUCAGUCUGGACGGCAUCACGCGACAGUACCACAAUGAUCACGUACGUACGUCCAGGGAUCAUGCAUGUCAUCCACCGGAGGUCCAUCGGGGACGGACGCGACGACGUCUGAUAUGGUGAUGGGGAUCGAAUUGAGGAUUUGGGGAAUGUGUAAACGGCGGCCGGGCUGGGGCUGGCAUGCAUGGUUGGUAGCUCGCGUACGUACGUCUUGCUUAGCCGGUGUACGCAGGCGGCUUUGGAUUUUUGUAGCGCGUAGAUACCUCUAUUUAAAUUCUUGGCGGGAUGUCGCCGUCUAUGUA